CUGAAAGUGAAUUCAACAGACGUGACUGCACACAAAAUUAAUUUACGACUUUCAUAUUACGCUAAUCGCUCACAAUGACUCUGGAAAAUAAGGAAGAACUAUACAAACGCAACUACAACUCCAUCAAAGUGUUGUUUCGGGUAUCUUACACGUUGGGUGUAAAUUUAACCGCGCCUGAUAAAUUUAAGGAUUCAUUAAAAGUUAUCCAAAUUAUUUUGAUAGCAAGCAGCCUUCUCUCACUCUUUGCCCACUGGUGGUAUCUCAAGCGACAUAUUGACAACAUACCACUUAUCGCUGAGGCCGUUUUCACUGCUUUGCAAAUUGGCAUGGCCGCCAUUAAAUUGAUAUAUUUCUUCUUCACACAUCGCACCUUCUACCGUCUGCUGGAUCAGACUUUAACACAUGAAAUAAUACGCAAAAUAGAAAUACUUACUGAUUUUCCAAUAGAUCGGCAGUUGAGGCAAGAGAUCGACGAUAUAAUGAAUCGAGUUUGGCUUAAUACUCGACGUCUAUUUUUAUUUUAUUUUUGUUGUUGUGUUGGUAUUAUUGCCAAUUACUUUUUUACCGCCUUCUUCGUGAAUCUCUAUCAUCAGCUGAAGCAAACACCCGAUUAUGAGUUCUUUCUGCCUGUUCCGGCACUCUAUCCAUUUUGGGAAAAGAAGGGCAUGACAUUUCCCUACUAUCCUAUACAAAUGUAUAUGACCGGUGCUGCGCUCUAUGUUUCAGGCCUAGGUGCUGUGAGCUUCGAAGGCGUCUUUAUGGUGCUAUGUCAGCAUGCAGUUGCUUUAGUGAAGGUCCACAAUUUGUUGGUGCAACACGCCACUUCACCGCAGAUACCGGCUGAGAGGCGGCUAGAGUACUUGCGAUAUCUCAUAAUUACCUAUCGGCGCGUAAGCAAGUAUUUGCAAGAAAUCAAAAUAAUUUUCAAGCACAUCAGUUUGGUACAGUUCUUGCUUAGUUUGAUUGUAAUGGGCUUUGUGUUAUUUGAGAUUAGUUAUGGUUUGGAAGCCAGCAUAGUUAUCCUCAUACGUAUGAUCAUGUAUAUAUCGGCUUCAAUAUCUCAAAUCACUAUAUACUGCUAUCAUGGUCAGGCACUUACUAGCGCGUGCGAAGAAAUCCCACUGGCUUAUUACAAUUGCGAUUGGUAUGGCGAGAACAAAACAUUCAAAAACCUCAUAUUGAUGAUGAUUAUGCGAACAAACAAAGAGUUUAAUAUGGAAGUAUCAUGGUUUACCCUGAUGAACUUGACCACCUUGAUUUCUUUGCUGAGAGCGAGUGGAUCCUACUUUUUGCUAUUGCAAAAUCUUCAAGAAGAUUGAUUUAAUAACAUUAUAUAU